GCUUGAGCAAAUAACAGGCAAAAAAAACACAUUAAUUUGUUCAUCCAGGGUAGCCGGCUUUAUUUCGGAAGAUGGUGGCAAAACAAAGGAUCCGCAUGGCCAACGAAAAACACAGCAAGAACAUAACGCAAAGAGGAAACGUAGCCAAGACGCUGAGGCCGCAGGAGGAGAAAUAUCCAGUCGGGCCCUGGCUCCUCGCCCUCUUUGUGUUUGUUGUGUGUGGCUCAGCCAUAUUUCAGAUCAUUCAGAGCAUUCGCAUGGGUAUGUGAUCCCGCUCCCCUGAUGCCCCUCUCUGCGUCUGGCCCACCCUCACCCCCCCCCCUCUGCUCCAGAGGCCCAGAGACUGAACCCAAACCUUGAGGACCAACCUCAGACUCACAAGACCCACCCAUUCUCCUGUCCCAUCCAACCGGAUUUGUUCACCAUGAUGUCACAGCGUUAAUAAGGGCCGACGGUUUGAAACAAAGAUGGAGGGCAGGUCAAAAUGCUAUGGCAGAAAAUGCUGCUAAAAAUAAAACUUUUCUUGACCUGGUUUAUGGUUAAUAUCUCUGUAUUUACUUGGCUUAUUGAUGUGAAACAAAAACUAACACUAAUAUAAUAACACUAUCCACUAGUUUUAUUUCAUUCUGAUAAAUACUUGGGACCACUGCCAUGGCAAUUAGCAAUUUAAAACAAAAUAAUGUAUUUUUUGUAUUUUCAAAAGUCCUCAAAAUAGCAUCUCUAACAGAAGCUGACACCCAUGAAUAGUCAAGGUUUCUUGUUUUUUCGAUCAAAAAGUUGAUUUUAUUCACUCAGGCAGUACACAAAGCAUCUCGUUAAACCACAAUAUAAAGAAGUUUGAGGGGCUUUUUUUAAACCAAAAAUUGUUACGUUGAGUUCAACAUUUGUGGAUUUUUUGUUUAAAAUAGUGCCUCGCCAAUAGGAUUACACUGGCCCUGCCCUCCAUCUGAAAUUUUACCAUCAUCGAACACGCUUUGCACCCUCUCUUCUUCUGGACCUCUGUGUGUGGUACUGACAGCUUUUCUACGGACAGUCAAAAAACCACGCCACCAAUAAUCAUGCCCAUUCUUCACUGGCUUUGUGCAUUAUUUUAUUGUGUGUUUGUGUGAAUGAAGAGGUGAGAGUGUUGGACGGCAUGCAAUUCCUGCUGACAAUGUGCCAUAUCUGUGGAAAUAAUUGUUGUGUCAAAGCUAUCUUUUUCAAAUAA